UAAAUCACUGCGGGUUCCCUUGUGUUGAAAAGGGAAUUCCACUGAAUUUCAUUGAACAGACUCGUCGUGCUUUCUUUAGCCAAUUGGGUCUCUCAGCUCUGAAUUGGAGGCUUAAUUUUACCCAGCCUCUUUGGCAUUUUGAUUGAUGUUCCCGUUGCUUCAUCCGGCAGGCUAAAGCUAUAAGGGUAAAGAGAGGCAGUAAAAAAGACAAUCUUCAGUAGUUCAUCCUUACUCACACAUACUCAUGCAGUCAACGCUAUUAGAUAACGACAAGUCAGGACUAAACUGCGUUUUAGUUGCUGUAUGAUAACGUGGGUGACGUGGAGGAUCCUGUAGGCUUGCAGGAGCGCGCGCGCCUCUCUACACCAUGGAUCAUAUGGGAGCGCAUCUCCACCAGACGCACGCAGACACCAUCAGUUUUGGGAUCGAUCAGAUUCUUAACAAUGCAGAGCAGGGAAGUUGCAUGAUCUCCAACCCCAGAAUGCAGGACUUGGACUACGGCUUGGGGUGCAUAGUCAGCACAGCCUACAAUACCAUGACUGGCAACUAUAAUGUCAAUAACUCGGCUGGAUACAAUGGGAACUCGUGCAGCGUUAGCUCCCUCGGCGGCUCAUACAACAUGAACUUGAACACGAAUGUUAAUGGGAACUGCCUUAAUUCUUCAGGGGUGAUCAGAGUUCCAGCGCACCGGCCGCUGAGCACCGUUCACUCAUCCAUUCCCACCAGCGGUACCGCGGUGCCAAGUAUGGGAAGCAUGGGCACCAUUAACAAUCUCACAGGAUUAACAUUUCCUUGGAUGGAGAGUAACAGGAGAUACACCAAAGACAGAUUUACAGUGGCCCUCUCACCGUUCACUGUAACACGCCGUAUAGGUCAUCCGUACCAGAACCGAACCCCUCCGAAGAAGAAGAAGCCCAGGACGUCGUUCACGCGUCUUCAGAUCUGUGAGCUGGAGAAACGUUUUCACCGUCAGAAGUACCUGGCCUCAGCAGAGAGAGCAGCCUUAGCGAAAGCACUUAAAAUGACUGAUGCGCAGGUCAAAACAUGGUUUCAGAACAGAAGAACCAAAUGGAGGAGGCAGACAGCGGAGGAGAGAGAAGCCGAGCGACAGCAAGCGAACCGAAUCCUUAUGCAACUUCAACAAGAAGCUUUUCAAAAGACUAUAAACCAACCUGUUAAUCCGGACCCAAUAUGUCUACACAACAGCUCUUUAUUCGCACUUCAGAACCUUCAGCCCUGGACUGAGAACACGGCGAAAAUCAGCAGCGUUCCCAACUGUGAUUAAGAUGAGAAACUUUUAUAGACUUAAGAUGAACAGAAGCAUUGGUCAAGACAUUCAAAUUACACAUUAUUUUCAAAAUAACACUGCAUAGGUUAAGCAAC